AAGUGUCCGGACUGGAAGGGGGGGAAAGUGUCCGGACUGGAAGGGGGGGAAAGUGUCUGGACUGGAAGGGGGGGAAAGUGUCCGGACUGGAAGGGGGUGAAAGUGUCCGGACAGGAAGGGGGUGAAAGUGUCCGGACUGGAAGGGGGGGAAAGUGUCCGGACUGGAAGGGGGGGAAAGUGUCCGGACUGGAAGGGGGUGAAAGUGUCCGGACUGGAAGGGGGGGAAAGUGUCCGGACUAGAAGGGGGGGAAAGUGUCCGGACUGGAAGGGGGUGAAAGUGUCCGGACUGGAAGGGGGGGAAAGUGUCCGGACUGGAAGGGGGUGAAAGUGUCCGGACUGGAAGGGGGGGGAAGUGUCCGGACAGGAAGGGGGUGAAAGUGUCCGGACUGGAAGGGGGUGAAAG